UCUUUUGUGGGUGCAGAGCUUGCUGAUGGUCCGACGAGUGGUCCUAACCGCGACGUAACCGCCAUGCGCGAUGGGCCAAUGCGGAUGCAAGAAGUCGGCAGAGGUGGUUCUUCCGAACCACAAGAGCCGCAGCUCCACUAGCUCCGUGCACAAGGGCCGGGGGCCCUCCGAUGCCCCCGAGCACCUCGAGGUCUUGAAUGAGGCCGGCCGCUUUAUCCUGGAAAGGACCAAGGCGAAGCGGGGGGAGAAGGGCACGGAGCUGACUUGGCUGGACUUCUUGGUGCGCCAGAUCUGGCCCAAGGUCCACGAGGCUCUGAAGACCGUGGUGCUUGAGGAGCUCGAGCCAAAGGUGCAGGCAGCUCUGCCGGCCAUGUUCGGAUCGCUGAGCUUCAAAACCUUCAACCUUGGCCCGGAGCAUCCCCAGCUGAUGGAGAUCGGCGUGGCCCACGGGAAGCAGAACCACUACGACGGCCUGGAGCUGGACGUGAAGAUGGUGUGGAACUGCAACGCAGACAUCGUGCUGGAGGUGCAGGGCAUCGAGAUCGGCAUCGAGAAGAUCCGCAUCGACGGCACGGUGCGGCUCCAGCUGCGGCCGCUGAUGCCGCAGCUGCCCACCGUGGGCGGCGUGCAGAUCACCAUGAUGUCGCCCCCCAACAUCUCCUGGAGCUUCCGAGGCCUCCUUGCGGCCCUGCAGGUGGACGUGGUUAGCCGGGUGAUGCGGCAGGUGGUGGCGGAUCAGAUCUCGGAGAUGCUGGUGGUGCCGAACCUGAUUUUCAUCCACUGGCUGGACUCGGCCUCCGACGUGGACCUCGAGGUGCUCCAGUUCCCGCACCCGGAGUGCGUGGUGCGGCUGUGCAUCAAAGAGGCCCGGGAUCUGCGGGGCUCCGACUGGAACUACUUCGGCUUCAACGGGACCUCGGACCCCUACGUGUCGGUGCACUUGGGCUCGCACCUCUGGCACACGCCCCAGAAGACCAGGACGCGGAACCCCAAGUGGGGCCACGAAGGCUACCACGACUUCUUCGUGUACACGCCCAGCCAGUUUGUGAAGGUGGACAUCUAUGACUCGGACAUCGGGCCAGGCACGGACGACCACCUGGGCUGCGUCGAGGGUCUCACCGUCGAGGCUCUCUUGGAGCGACCCAUCUGGUGGUGGCCUUUGCAGGCCCGAAAGAAGCCGCCGGAGCCGAAGAUGGAUUCCUCGGAGGCCACCAAGUUGACGGACAGGUCGGAUCCGGAGACCAAGUCCAGCACCACCCGCGAAUGUGGAGAGGUGCUGAUCGAGGCCCACUUCCUGGAGCUGAGGGCCUCGUUGCUGGGCGACGUGCCGAAGCCAAUGGGCAAGGCGGACGCGGUGGCCUUCGCUUUCAUCGACCUCCGUAGCCUGCGGGGGCUGCAGCCGAACCAGGCUCAUGGUGCAACGAUUACCUUCAAGUUGGAGGGCCAGACCUACAAGAGCCGCCCCGCCUCCUAUCAGGGGUCCAACUACGGAUCCGCGCUGACCCAGGGGGCCCAGAGAUUGGUUGAGCACCUCUACAACAUCAAGGGGAGAAGUGUGGAGGAGAUCAUGAAGAUCUCGGGGCUCAGCAAAGAGCAGGUUUAUUCCGUGGUUCAUGCGCGCCCGUCCUUCACCACGAAGUGGCAUUUGCCCUUUACGCUGCCCAUCAGGGACCUGAAUCAGGCUCAGCUGGAUAUUUCUCUGGGCACCAAGCGUCCGAACAUGAAGGUGCUGGCGUCUUUGAAGAGUCCCUUGCACCUGAAGCAGGCGCUGGUGGACACUGGACGCUGGCAGCUGGACAAGGCGCUGCUCUUGGAGCGGGAUCCCAAGCUGGAAGGCACCAACCUGGUGCAGGAGACGCUGGAGCUGAGUUUGCGCAUCACCUUGCGGACCUUGGCGCAGCAGUCAGCCUGCGUCUUCUAGCGCCAUCCCCUCGCGCAAGCGGAUGGGUCGAUGCGCUCGCCAUGAGGUCACAUUCGGGAACCCCACCAAAAUGCAUGCUGCGCCUUUUUGUUGUUUUUCUGAGGACAAUGGAAAACCCACUGGUCCAAUGAGCGGAUCGGGGUUCCGUUCCGUGGUUCCCCUCGUGGCCCCGAGAGAAAGAUGCAGCGUGCCGGCGAUGCAGCUCUGUGACCCAUGAGGC